AUGCUUGCAACAAUGGUGCUUUCCUCAUGGGCAACAUCCACCCCUUUAGCUCGUUUGAAGGAGAGACGCGUGACCAUAUUCCGCCCUUCCUGUGGCCGCGAGAUGGGCCCUCAAGGCAGUUCGAAUAGCGCCGGUCCCACUCAACUAAUAAAAAAAAUAACUAAUAAGGCAAUGACGUGCAUUUUUCAGGUUCCCGACACCAUCGAAGACAUCAAAGUGAGGCAUAUCAAGGAGUACGGUGGGGCAGUUGUCAAAUUUGGUAAUGCUGACAAAGCAGAAGAAUUCCACGAAAGUGGCGAUUUUCCGCUCGAAUCAGCAAAUCUCUUCCACGAAAUUCUCCUUCAACUUGAAAACGAUGGAGGGCAAGAUGUUAAAGUACCGCAUUACUUCGUUCAUGCAGCUGGCACCGGUUCGUUCACAGUUAAGGUGUAA